UGCUGGUGGCUUGACUGCAAAGACGGCAAGAAGCGUCCGACCGGCGGGGGAGGAAGCAAUGCGAAGAGAGGACACGGGGAAUUUAGGCUGUGUCCCGUAUUCGGAAUAAGCCAGAAGACUGAAAAAAGCAGCCUUCCCCUUCACGUUUAACGAGCUCCUGUGUAACCUUCGCGAAUAACCCGCAUUUUCACGGGUUCAUUUUGAAACUAUCCUCCAAACUCCACACAGUCGGUUUGUGAACGAGAAUGGGAUUUAAAAAGCAGUGAGUUGGGGAAACAAGGAUAUAUUUUUCCACUUGGAUGUCGGGAACUGUGUAAGCCAGUGGAAGAGGGCAUUUUUUCCGGACAGGUUUGCAGUUACACGGCAAUUCCGAUGCAAAAAGAAGCAAUAAUGUUUUUAAGAGACGGUUAAAAGUGACGUUUAAUGCUGCCUCGCUGUUGGUUAGCUUCAUUGCUAAAGCUAGCAGGCUGCUAACUAAGCCUGUGUCGCCCUUCAUUCCUGGAGCAGAGGAGGGGCGCUGGGGCUUUGUAAGCAUUGCAGAUCUGCCCUGCAUUUUUUCGGCUCGCUGCAAGAAUGGAAAACGCCACAUAUUCGCUAAAACAACUCAGGGGGCUUUGUUGAAACGCGUUGAAUUGUCUUUUUAGGACUAUUUCCACUUGGGAAACAGCGAAAAACUGCCAAGCAAACGCCACAAAAACCCAACCGGCCCAGGGCAGCUCGGGCGAUGGCCACUUCUUUUCGGGGGUAACAAAAUGGGAAAGUGUCGUAGUUCUCUUCAAUGACAAGUUGAGGGAGCUUGAACGCGCAGGCCACUCUACCCUAACUACAAGGCCGAGGAGCAAGUUAUAUCGGCCAUUCCCAACUCCUUUUUUAUUGCUAAUCUUUUUAUAAUAAGCGGGAAUAAUAAUGUCUGGAGAGGUGCGUUUGAAGAAGUUGGAGAAGCUCAUUUUGGACGGGCCAGUUCAGUCCAUUGGCCAGUGCCUCAGUGUUGAAACAUUGCUGGAUAUCCUGGUAUGCCUGUACGAUGAAUGCAACAACUCCCCACUCAGAAGAGAGAAGAAUAUAAUUGAGUUUUUGGAUUGGGCCAAACCGUUCACGUCCAAAGUGAAGCAGAUGCGGCUGCACAAAGAGGACUUUGAGAUCCUGAAGGUGAUUGGACGAGGAGCUUUUGGAGAGGUGGCAGUCGUAAAAGUGAAACACACAGACAAGGUUUUCGCCAUGAAGAUCCUUAACAAGUGGGAGAUGCUGAAGCGAGCCGAGACGGCGUGUUUUCGAGAAGAGAGGGACGUGUUGGUGAACGGGGACUGCCAGUGGAUCACAACUCUGCACUACGCCUUCCAGGAUGACAAUAAUUUGUACCUGGUGAUGGACUACUACGUGGGCGGUGACCUCCUGACUCUGCUCAGUAAAUUUGAGGACCGUCUUCCAGAAGAGAUGGCCAAAUUCUACCUGGCCGAGAUGGUGCUAGCUAUAGACUCUGUCCACCAGCUACACUACGUCCACAGGGACAUUAAGCCAGAUAACAUCUUACUGGACAUGAACGGCCACAUCCGCUUGGCUGACUUUGGCUCCUGCCUCAAACUCAUGGAGGAUGGAACGGUCCAGUCUUCAGUCGCGGUCGGGACUCCUGACUACAUCUCCCCAGAAAUCCUUCAGGCCAUGGAGGACGGGAAGGGCAAGUAUGGGCCUGAAUGCGACUGGUGGUCCCUGGGGGUCUGCAUGUACGAGAUGUUGUACGGAGAGACGCCCUUCUAUGCAGAGAGUCUUGUGGAGACCUAUGGGAAAAUCAUGAACCACAAGGAGCGAUUCCAGUUUCCUCAGCAGGUCACAGAUGUGUCUGAAGAUGCUAAAGAUCUGAUCAAACGCCUCAUCUGCAGCAGAGAGCACAGACUGGGCCAGAACGGCAUUGAGGACUUCAAACAGCACCCCUUCUUCUCUGGCAUCGACUGGGACAACAUCCUCACCUGCGAGGCCCCGUACAUCCCUGAGGUCAGCAGCCCCACAGACACCUCGAACUUCGAUGUGGAUGACGACUGCCUCAAAAACUCGGAAACCAUGCCGCCUCCGUCUCACACUGCUUUCUCUGGUCACCAUCUUCCCUUUGUGGGAUUCACCUACACGAGUAAAUGUAUCCUGUCAGAUCGGGGGUGCCUGCGACAGUUGUCAGGGGAGCCCGGUAAAGCAGGCCAUGAGAAGGUUGACCUGGAGGUGCAGCGUGGCCUGGAGGACAGUUUGGCUGUGGAGGCGUAUGAGAGGAGGAUCAGACGACUCGAGCAGGAGAAACUAGAACUCAGUCGCAAAUUACAAGAAUCCACUCAGACGGUGCAGGCCUUACAGCACCCUUCCGGAGACAGUCCCAUCAACCUUAACAAAGAAGUGGAGAUCAGGAGCCUAAAGAGUGAGAUCGACAUCCUCAAGAAGCAAAUAGCAGACUCAGGUCAGCUGGAGAAGCAGUUAGAAGAUGUGACAUUGGCGCGCAGAGACCUGGAGGAUUCGUCUAAACACAUUAAAACUCUAGAGAAACAGAUGAGGAGCAUGACACAAGAGCGGGAUGACCUGCACAAGGACUUGAUAGAUGCCAAUGAGAAGCUAAAGGUUCAGUCAAAGGAGCUGAAGGAGGCGCACACUCAGAGGAAAGUUGCCCUGAAGGAGUUCUCUGAGCUCAACGAGAAGCUGACAGACCUCAGGUCGGCCAAGCAACGCCUGUCUCGUCAGCUGCGGGAUAAAGAGGAGGAGAUUGAGAGUCAGACUCAGAAGGUUGAGGCUCUGAGGCUCGAGGUGCGAAAGGCUGAGAGAUCAAAGAAGGAGAUGGAGUCUCAGGCUGAGGAGCAGGGAGCAGAGGCACAAAAAGAGCGAAAGCUUAGAGAGAGAAAUGAGCAGUACAGCCGUCAGCUGGAGGAGGAGCUGGAGGCGCUCAAACUGAAGCAGCCUGGUCCCGCUGCCACCUCCCCCUCCGCUGACCAGUCUCAGGAGGUUGGGCGUCUACGUGGGGAUCUGGAGAAGAAGACUUUGCAUUUCGAGGAGGAGUUGUCCCGCAGAGAGGCCCAGCACAGCUCUGAGCUCAAGGCCCUGAAGAAAGAACUGAGGGAUGCAGAGAGUCAACACCUGGCUCUGCAGAAGGAGAUCCUCGUGCUUAAGGACAAACUGGACAAAACUCGAAGAGAGAGCCAAUGCGAGCGAGAAGAGUUUGAGACGGAGUACAAACAGAAAUAUGAGAGAGAGAGGGUACUUCUCAUGGAUGAAAACAAGAAGCUGUCCAGUGAACUAGAUAAGCUGACAAGUAUGUUUGAGAAGUUGAACAGUUCAAACCGUCAACUGGAGGACGAGAUGAGGGAGCUGGCUGAUAAGAAGGAGAGUGUGGCACACUGGGAGGCACAGAUUACUGAGAUCAUUCAAUGGGUGAGUGAUGAGAAGGAUGCUCGUGGUUACCUUCAGGCUCUGGCCACAAAGAUGACAGAGGAGCUGGAGGGACUGAGGAACACCAGUCUGGGAGCACGGGCUACGGACAUGCCUUGGAAGAUGCGUCGUUUUGCUAAGCUGGACAUGUCUGCGCGCCUGGAGCUGCAGUCGGCUCUGGAUGCAGAGAUCAGAGCCAAACAGAGCAUCCAGGACGAGCUGAACAAGAGCAAGGCCAACAACAUCUCCACUGAAUGUAAACUUCAGGAGGUGGAGGUGAAGAACCAGGAGCUCUUGGCUGAAAUCGAUCGUCUGAAAAAGGAGACUGAGGAGCUCCGACUGCGCAGAGGCGUCAAGCACCAAGAUUCCCAGAAUUCCUUCCUGGCUUUUCUCAAUGCACCCACAUCAGCCCUUGAUCAGUUUGAUCGCUCGCCCUCCGUUGGCCCGGCUAAAGGCAGACGUGUGGACUCCAUGGAUAACUUCACUCCCUCUAACACUCCCUCCAGAGAAGAUGACCCAAAAGCCCUGCUCAAAAACCGCUCACGAUCCCCCUCCAUGGCCAGUGAUAUGGAACCCAUUGAGUUGAUAGACCACCCAGGCCGAACAGUCCAGACUCCCACCAUGAGGUCAGGAGGAUAUGGCAGCAUCGGACGUUCUUCUCCAAAGCCCAAAGCUCAUCAAUUUGUAGUGAAAACGUUCAACACGCCCACCAAGUGUAACCAGUGUACCUCUCUCAUGGUGGGGCUCAUACGCCAAGGCUGCACGUGCGAAGUGUGUAACUUCUCGUGUCAUGUGACGUGUGCGGACAAGGCUCCCGCGGUUUGCCCAGUGCCCCAGGACCAGACCAAGGGCCCUCUGGGGAUCGACCCUCAGAGGGGCAUUGGCACUGCAUACGAGGGCACUGUCAGGGUUCCAAAGCCUACAGGGGUGAAGAAGGGCUGGCAGAGAGCGAUGGCUGUGGUCUGUGACUUUAAACUGUUCCUUUAUGAGCUCGGAGAGGGCAAAGCUACACAGCCCAGUGUGGUGGUCAGCCAGGUCAUUGACAUGAGGGAUGAAGAGUUUUCCGUCAGUUCGGUCCUUGCGUCAGACGUCAUCCACGCCAGCCGCAAAGACAUCCCCUGUAUAUUCAGAGUGACGGCAUCGCAGCUCUCUCCCUCCAGCAGUAAUAAGACGUCCAUCCUGAUCCUGGCCGACAGUGACCAAGAGAGAAACAAGUGGGUGGGUCUCCUUAACGAACUCCACAGAAUCCUCAAGAAGAACAAGCUGAAGGAGCGCUUUGUGUAUGUGCCCAAAGAAGCCUACGACAGCACACUGCCCCUCAUCAAGACCACCCAGUCAGCCACCAUCAUAGACCAUGAGCGUGUUGCCCUGGGAAACGAGGAAGGGCUUUUUGUCGUCCAUGUCACCAAAGAUGAAAUCAUCCGCGUGGGGGACAAUAAGAAGGUACAUCACAUAGACCUGAUGGCACAGGAGCAGCUGUUGGCUGUGAUAUCGGGGAGGAAUCGCCACGUUCGCCUGUUCCCCACUCAGGCUCUGGACGGGCGUGAGACCGACUCAUUUAAACUGGCUGAGACCAAAGGCUGCACCAGUGUAGUGUCCGGACCGGUGCGAAAUGGCGCCCUCACCUGUCUGUGUGUGGCCAUGAAAAGACAGAUCAUCUGCUACGAGGUGAAUAAGAGUAAAAUGCGUCACCGGCGUCUUCGGGAGCUGCAGGCCCCGGGACAAGUGCAGUGGAUGGGGCUGCUCAGUGAGAGGCUCUAUGUGGGAUACCAGUCUGGCUUCACCAGAUACAGUGUCCAUGGCGAUGUAUCCCCGGUGAGCCUGCUGCAUCCAGAGGACCACACUCUGUCCUUCAUCCCACAGCAGAGUCUGGACGCACUCUGUGCUGUGGAGAUCUCCGGUAAAGAGCUGCUCCUUUGCUUCAGCGCCAUCGGGGUCUAUGUCGACUCACAGGGCCGUCGCUCACGGCAACAGGAGCUCAUGUGGCCCGCGGUGCCCAAUGCUGCCUGUUACAACGCCCCCUACCUGUCAGUGUACAGUGAGAACGCGGUCGAUGUGUUUGAUGUGAACACAAUGGAGUGGAUCCAGACCAUUCCUCUAAAGAAGGUGCGUCCUCUGAAUGUGGACGGCUCUUUAAAUCUCUUGGGACUGGAAACGGUUCGUCUCAUCUACUUCAGAAACAAGAUGGCCGAGGGAGAUGAGCUGGUUGUGCCUGAGACCUCUGAUAACAGCAGGAAGCAGAUGGUGCGCAGCAUGAACAACAAGAGACGCUACUCCUUUAGGGUCCCUGAGGAGGAGCGGCUUCAGCAGAGGAGAGAGAUGCUCCGAGACCCAGAGAUGAGGAACAAGCUGAUCUCAAACCCGACCAACUUUAACCAUGUGGCUCACAUGGGACCAGGGGAUGGCAUCCAGAUCCUCAAAGACCUGCCCAUGAACGUGCGUGUCCAGGAGAACCGCGCGGGUUUCAGUGGCUCCGUCAGUAUUCCCUCCAUCACCAAGAACAGAGGCGAGCCGGGCCGGUCCAUGAGCGCCAGCAGUGGACUAGGCAUACGCUCCUCCUCUCAGAAUGGCAGUGCUCUGCGGAGGGAGCUGUCCGGAGGCAGUUACGGCUCCAAGCGUCAAACCAUGACGUCGCCGUCCGAGAGUUCGCUGUCAUCGGGCGGAGGCAUGGACUGUGGCGACGCCCCCCUCUCACAGUUCGACCGCGAGGACUCCGACUCGCCGCGUCACUCUACGGCCUCCAAUAGCUCAACGUUCAGCAGCCCCCCCAGCCCCGCCUCCCCCCACAAGACCAAGUCCCUGUCGCUGGAGAGCACGGACCGUAUGGGCUGGGACACAUGAGCCCGAUCAGGACCACUUACCCCCGUCCCCUCCCACAAUAAAAAAACUGACCAAUCAACAGCACAGGACUCCGCCCCUCUCCACGCAGGACACGCCCCCUCCCCUCCGCCAUAUGCUCUUGGACCCCAGCACCACCUCACUGCCCAGAGAACUGCAGCCCAUUUAAGAACAUUGUCCUGUCUGUAAUGGAACGUGUGUUAGCGCUAUGAUGUGUGCUAGUGCUACAUAUUAUGCUAACACUAAGGCAUAUGCUAGUGCUAACGUGUAUGCUAGCGAUAAAGGCGUAUGCUAGGUGCAAAUGUGUGAGAGCAUGAGUUCUUCACUAAGGGCAAAUGAAAUAGGAAAUACUUGCUCCCCAUUCGGCUCUUUUUGGCUCAACAAAAAGAAGAGGAUUAUUCUAAAAAUAUUUGUACUUGUAUAUAGGACCCUGUGGGUUUAUGGGGGAUGAUAUUUUAAUUUAUUUAUCAAUCUUAGACGAGGAAAGUGAGUGCGUAGUUUCAGCCGUGAAGCGCCUCUGUCCCUCACAUGCUUUCACCAUUCGACUUUUGAUUUGUGCAGUGACUUUAUAGUAUUUUAAUGAGAAAAUAGGCUUCUAUGACAUCAUUGCAACUCGCCGUCUCCUGAUUGGUCCAGAUCGAGUGACAUCGUCAAUGCUCCAUGUUGCUGUUAAACCAAACUGACAGUCACUAAUGUACAUAGAGUAGAGUAAUAUAUGAUAAGGAACAUACUAUAGACACAGGGAAGACAAAUCCUCUCUUCUUUGAGUUCUUCUUUUGAGUGAUGUGGGGUUUUCACACAAAAGCCAUUUUAAAACCACUUUUUCUUUUUUACCGGUUGAUUUUAGAUUUGUUUUUUUUAUCAUAUGUACAACACGUGUUGAGUGUGCUUUCUUUUAUUCCCCACUUUGGUUUGAUUUAAGUGUCUUUACUAUUCCACACUACUGCUCGUAACGUAGCGUGACACUAAGCUGCCGCCACAAACUGAUUCUAGGUGGCGUUUUUAUGCAUCAGAUGCCUUGUUCCGGCUUCAGACAGGAGGCCAGUCAACCAAUCAGACGUCACUGUGGUACCAAUAUGGAAAAACAUAACUAUGGACACUUGUAUUGCAUCUUUCUACAGUGUAGCCUUUGCUUUACGGACUUAAUGUUUAAAUAAUGUGUUAAAAAAGAAGCUUCCUGUGAUUAAAAGAAUGUAAACACAAAAAAAAAGCUGAAAGUUAUAGUGGACUAGAAAUGGAUUAGGUCUAAAUAUCCCAUCUUUAGGGUGGCUCUGAAGGGUCAUGUCGCUAUAUCUACCAAAUCACACCGCGUCAGAAUAAAUGGUGAAAUGCAAAAUCAAUGGAAGGACAAAAGCAAAAUGUAAAAAUGAUACAAGUAAUAUUGAUAAACAAAUGUACAAAAAUGUACAAAAAUUUGAUAAAUACUAAAGUAAUUUGGACAUUUUUGUUAAAUUUUGGUCAAAUAAAAAUAUUGCUUUUGUUUAUCUUAGCGUUUUGCUAUUUGCAUUUCUGUUGUUUUUCUUUUAAUUUCCUAAUUUUGUCCAAUUUCUAGUUUUUGCAUUUUUAAGUUUUUUAUUUGCUUUUGUCCGCAUAUAUUAUUGCAUUUCAUAAUUUUACAUUUCUCAAUUGUUUAGUUUCUGUGUUGCAAUUCUUAUUGUUCCUUCAGGGCCAUCAUACCUCUUUGUAUUUCCCAGCUGUCCUGUUACCUCCACCUCCAUUUUUGUAUAAGAUUUGUUACGCUUUUUACUGUUUAUUUGUGCUGCUGAUAUAAACUCAAGUUGUUUUACAUUCAUAAUAUCUCUAAUUUGAUCCGGUCAUUCCUACAGGUUUCCAAAGUCGGCUCAUUCCACGUAUUUUCCCCAAGUAUUUUCUAUUCAAAGAGGUGCAAGACUUUCCAGAACCUUUAAGCUAUUCACUUCAGAUGUAGAAUGUAUUAGCUAAAGCAGAUUAUGUUAGCAGGACGUUUUAUAAAAGGCCAGAUUCUUAAUGUUGUACAGAAAAAGUGAUGACAGCUUAUCCCUGUGUGAGAGAAAAAAACUCAGGAAAUGUCGGAAACCAAUGAAUUUUAGGCGAAGGUGUGUAUGGAGAGAGUUCAGAACGGGUUUAGAGUAGAUAUGGUGAAGGGGCGAUCGAACGGCUAAGGUGCCACAGUGAGACGAAAACAGUUUUGAAAAAAAAAAAUUCAAAAAACGCCUUUGCAUUUCAGUGAGGUCUUAUCCAGAUAUUACGUUUGCCCUUUCAUAUCAUAAUACACUUUGUUUUUUCUAGGAUUGCUUUGUAAUAAUUUGUACAGUUUUGCAUGUUAUAGAUGUAAUCAUUUUCGGUUUGUUGUUUUACUUUCGAAGCGGUUUGGGCGGUUUUACUGAGGAUAACCCACUACAGGUGAUGUAGAUUCUCUUUUUGCACAAAGAUAUUUAAGGUGUAAGGUCAAAGGUCAAAAACAAAUGAUGUAUGAUGAACUGGCUGCCACACUGGCGUGGAAGACUCAUUAUAUUAACCCCACUCCGAUGUAUUUCAAUAAAGCGGAGGGCUGUUACAAGGC